AUGGGCAUUAAAAGAGUUUGUUUUGUUGGUUUAUGCACGUUGGCCGACGAUAUCGCAGGGUUACGAGACGAGGCCGCCUGUAAAUCUCUAUUGAAGGGUGACGACGGGCCGAGGGUAAACAGACCUGAGGACAGUCAAGAGCUUCAAGUCGACGAUACGGGUUGCCCGAUUUGUCCACUUUGUGGUGAGAAGUUAGUCGAAUCCGAAUGGUCACAUCAUGUUGAACAUGAGAAGAAGAAGCUGCUUGGGGUAAUCCAAAGCGUGAAAGAGUCAAAACUUAUGGAACCAUCAAGCAAUGCCGAACAAUCCCGACGAAAACGUGAGUUGGAGCUGUUACGGAUAAGGAAUAAUCAACAAAAGCGACUAGCUUGCCUUGGUGAACUGAAGCAUAGAAUCAAUCGACUACAACCAAUCAAUGGCUCUCUCGAAUUAGUUUUCAAAAGGCUCCGAAACCUGGGCUAUUGCGGAGCUUCAUUUUUGCCUGAACAGAAGAUCGAUCGCAAUUUCAAGACCCUUAUGAGACUCUAA